UUUUAUAGGUUACUUAACUUUUUAAUUAUGCAGCAAUAACUGAUUCAAACGCUGAUUGGAUGACUAGUUAAUAAACUUCUGAAAUGACUCUCAUAUAAAUAUUUCAUUUCAACAAAUUCGGAGCCUGGAAAAAACAAAUCAUUAUUGUUCUCCUUUGACAACACGAGAUAAAUAAAAACAACUGUACGGUGAGAAAAGCCUUAGAGCUUGUAAGUAUUUCGCACGAUAAAAUGUCAAGUAUAUAUAAUGCCACACGUUUUAUGUGUAGCGGCCAGACUAUGGGAGAGGUGCAUAUAUAGCGAGUCCUGUAUAUUUAUCGACGAGAACACCAUUUGCACUGACGACGGAGAAUGUCGUUGUGGAGAGAGGUAUACAAUCAGCAACAGGGAUGGAGAAGAAACUUGUGUACUUGAUCAGACGAACUGGAUGUUCGAAAACUCUGAUGUUACUACCGUGAUAAUGGUGGUUUCUGCGGUCAUGAUAGCCACCGCACUAUUCUGCCUCGUCCUUAGACUCUUUAGCAGAGCACGAUUCGGGAGGAACAGAGCAGGGUUUGGCAACGCCGCAGCGCCCUCUGUGAUGUUAACAGAUAUGGAGGAAGCUCCAUCGGAUCCACACUCACGACGUCUAUCGAGAUGCAGCAGCAACAGUGAUUAUCUUCCUGGUUCAGGAAGAGCAAGUUACUCGAUGCUGGCGCCACCUGCAUCGGCAGGUUCACGUCGGUCGAGCUCCAUUUCUGUGCGUUCCCAGGGUUCCGUGCGAAGCCAUGCGUCAUCAUUUCGCAGCCAAUCAUCGUUCCGGAGUUAUCGUGGAGGGAGACGGGACUCUGUUAGACGAACUCGUUCAACACCAACAGAAGCUUCAACGUCAAAAUUUAAUCAUCCCAAACACACGAACAAAACUAAUCAAGAAGAUAAAGUGACAGCACCAUCGCAAGAAACACUAACUGACGCAGUACGAAAUGAUACAUAAAAACUGCUUUAUGUUCCAUUAAAAUAGGCCUAGAAGAAUCUUCAUGGAUUCAAAGAACUCUUACAUAUCAUUUCCCUCGAACAGCAGGGCAGUGAAACUAAACACAUUGCUACGUUAUAAACGAUAUCGUUUGAGAAUUUUACGAGCACAAAUUAUUAACUUCGUGAAAUUAAAUUAAUUUUUUUUAUUUUUAAGAUAACUCACAUAAAAAAGCUCAGGUAAAUAAAACACAAGAUAAAUUAAAUCUAAACCGUUACCUAACGUAGAUGUGUGGGGUGUCCCCGCUUAUAACUGGCGAUUCGCUAUACCCAUUGUCACCAAAUUUGAAGAGGGUAAUUCUUAGGUCCCUAGAAGUGAUUUGCGCCAUCUUUGGACUCAGUAGGAUAUCAGAACUACAGGUAAUAAUGGUAUUAGUUAUAAGUUAAACAUAAUAUAUAUUAAACGACAAUACUGGUUAUAUUAGAUAUCAGAACUACAGGUAAUAAUGGUAUUAGUUAUAAGUUAAACAUAAUCUAUAUUAAACGACAAUACUGGUUAUAUUUGAUAUCAGAACUACAGUUUUCAAAAAACGCUCGAUCACUAUCUUGACGAGGUUAAGAGUAAAAAUCCCAAUGACAUAUAUAAUUGUAACAACCGUGUGAUCUUGUUCAAACUAUACUCCUCGGCAUGUAAUGGAGCACGUAAAAAGUUCAAAUGAGGAUAAAAUGUAGGAAAAGUAAAGAGUUUAUAUUUUCCUUUAUGUUGACCUUCAGAUCGAAGAAAGUUAGAAAACUUCUUCAUGAAAAAUAAAGGUUGGAAUGGGUUGCAGAUAGUUUGUGUUAAACAGAUAUUUCUAGUUGAAACUCAAAAUAGAAGUCACUUAACGUGUCCUCACUCACUGAACUUCUAUCACUUGUUUGAGGUAAUCAAUAAGUUAUUUUCAAAACAACGGUUCCUGUAUUAAAAACAAACACCAGUUUAAGACGAGCCGCUUCCAGUUCAUUUUAACUUCUUCUAACACAUUUAAAAAACAAAAUAAUCACAGUGUUAAUUUACUUGGUAGGUGGAUCAAAGAAGAACAAAACUUAUUUUCUGUAUUACUCAUCCGAUACCUGAAACUUAGUAACACUUCUAUAUAACCGAGAAAAUCUCUGUUAGGCCUAACCUGAACUUUAAGCAAAACGACUUCAGACCUAAAGGCAAACUCCUACUAAAGUAGGCUUAGGUAUUUAGCGCUCACCACUUUCGACUU